AUGUUAGAGCAUCCGUGGCUGAGAGAAGAAGCAUCAGACAAGCCGAUAAAUUCUGCUGUUCUAACAGAUGAAUCAGCAUCAGCUUGCAUUAAAGGUAUGGUGUCUUACUGGAUCGAAGAAGAUCAAGUUAUUGCUGAAAAUCUAUCAGAAGAAGAGAUUAAAGGUCUUAAAACAAUGUUCACAAACAUCGACACGGAUAAUAGUGGAACAAUCACUUACGAAGAACUGAAAGAAGGUUUGGCCCGUCUUGGAUCGACGCUCAACGAAGCUGAAGUCAAGCAAUUAAUGGAAGCUGCUGAUGUGGAUGGAAAUGGAACGAUAGACUAUAUCGAAUUUAUCUCAGCUACAAUGCAUAGAUACAGACUUGAAAGAGAUGAAGACCUGUACAAAGCAUUCCAGCAUUUCGAUAAAGAUAACAGUGGGUUCAUUACAAUGGACGAACUAGAGGUUGCUAUGAAAGAAUACGGAAUGUGUAAUGAAGCCAACAUCAAGGAAAUAAUCGCCGAGGUGGAUUCCGACAACGAUGGAAGAAUUAACUACGACGAGUUCUGCUCAAUGAUGAGAAGUGGAGUACAAAUCGGAAGGCUUUUUAGAUGCCCUUUGUUUGUUCCAUUACGAGAGUGCGACAACCGAUUGCGGAUGACUGAUGUAACCUAAUUAACACGUGUCACCAGAAAGUAUCCAGGUUCAUUAACUAUCUCGAUCCUAAAGCCUGCACUUUGAGAAUACGAGAGUAUAAAUUCAAGCCAGU